AUGGCUGAACAACUAUCUCAACUUACGCAAAUUGCUGCGACAACAUCGCAAUCUGGAGCAAGCUUCAAAAAUCAUGGUUUGCCGUCAUAUAUCUAUUCGGCCAAGCAUGUGAUUGGUGCCUCAUCAGCAGCCUUCUGCUCAGUCCUCGUAGGCUUCCCAUUCGAUUCCCUUAAAACACGAAUGCAAGCAUACGACUAUCUGUCUAUGAACGACUGUAUACGAAAGACAUACGCCAAGGAAGGUCUAAUAGGCUUCUUUCGUGGUUGUGGACCACCACUAGUCACAGUAGCAGCAGUCAAAUCGAUCUCGUUUAGUAUAUACACGUCGACAAAGGCUAGAUUGUCUGCCACAACGCAAUGGAAUACGGAUACCAGUGUAUCUGCCCUCGUUGCUAUAUCGACUGCUGCUGGGACGACGGCUGGUGUUGGUGUUUCGGUACUAUCGUGUCCGUUGGAGCUGGUUAAGAUUCAGAGACAACUUGAGAGAUUGGUUUUAGCGUCGAGCGCAGCAACAACGAGGUCGAAAACAAAGUCAAGUUUUCGAGUCGCUUCUGAUAUCAUCAGAGCUAAAGGUGUUGUUGGAUUGUAUCGUGGAAUAUCGCUUCACCUUUUGAGAGACUCUGUCGGCACAGGCAUAUACUUCUCCAGCUACGAAUCAGCCAAACGACUAUUGACUCCAUCUGACAAGAAACCAGGUCCUUUGACACAUCUACUAUCUGGAGCAGCAUCGGGAAUUACCUCUUGGCUGGUCAUAUUUCCUGUUGAUAUGGUCAAGACACGAGUACAGAAGCAAAUCUUGCUUGAAACGACGGGCAGUGAGAGUAAAGUGGUUGAUAUAGUCAAGACGAUAUUUGCAAGAGAGGGAUUAAGAGGUUUUUAUAAUGGAUUCACUGCUACCCUAUUUAGAGCUGUGCCUAUACAUUCCAUCAACUGGAUUGUUUAUGAGCAAGUGGUCAAGCUGAUUGAACAGAACCGAUAA